ACUUAGAUAAUUUUAAAAAAGCUUGGCAUACACGAGUUGAAAAGGAAUCGGAAAAUGAAGAGGUUCAAUUGAUGACCAAACGUAAACGUUCAAUAUUUGCUGUAUCUGACAGUAGCAGUGAUGAAGAUCAUUCAAGUUACUGUAUAACACCUGCCUCUACUUCUGCAUUUAAGUUACCCAGCAAUGAAAAGGCUGUACACUAUACAGAACUACAACCAGUGAAUAAUUCACCCUUACUGGAACAAUGCACAAUGCAACCAAACGAAACAUUCCCAUCAAUAUUAUCGGAUCAAAUGAGUAAGCAAUCAUCUUCAAGGUAUCAAUUACCAUACACUCACUCAAGUUCAGAUUACCAACCACCUCAAGAUGAACAAUAUACAAGUGCACAGAAUACACAGCAAUUAUAUACCACUCCAAACAGCAAUACUUAUGGUAAUAUUAUUAAACUUUAAAUCAAAUAUUAUGCUAAAAACAAUAAUUUUAAUAUUUCUGUUUGUACCUAUUAUUAUUAUUGGAUUAGGGUUUUAUGAAGAUAAAUUAGAUACAUUAAACAAUAAUAUCUUACAAGGUCAAACUGCUACAAAUUUGAUGUUGAAUCGCAUAUUUGCAAAAAUUGAAGUAAUAGAAGCCAAUUUAAAAAGUACUUCUCAAAGCAUUGUUCCAACUCUGUACAUUGAUCCAAUUUUUUUGAGUUACUUUCCUCUUAAAAAUGUAGAUGAGUUACUAUCAAUUGAAAAUCUUAUGAAAACUGAAACUGAG